AUGUCUGCGCAGAAUGAUACCCUCAGUAUGAGCCUUGGCUAUUAUGCUGAGCUUGCGCGGUAUAAUGGAAUCGCUCCUAUCGGCACGCCGAAUCUCCCGUGGAACUGUCGCCUUGCCAAAGACCCGCCUCUAGUCCAGAAGAACGGUUAUACGAAUAUCCUCGUUUUCCCGGGAAGCUUCAACCCGCUACAUGAUGGGCACUUUAAACUUUUGGAUCAUGUUUUCAAAAACAGCGGUUUUGAUCCCGAAUUUCAAGCAGCUAUCAUCUUGAAUAUGGAUGACGAACAUGUUAAAAGGAAAUUGUGGAGCCUGCCCCAAACCCCCAGCCGUUUAUUUCUUGAACUGAAGCACCGCCUUGACCUUUCGCAGGAGGUUGUAAAGCACAAUGGCAAAUACUGUGACAGAUACUGGGUCUGGGAUAAGGACUUGAACGAAUUCGAUGUUUUCAUCAGGGACUUGCGCAAGAAGCUUGUUGGACAUACCACGAUUGAGCUUUAUGCCCUCGUAGGCCCUGAUAACCUUUCGGUCACGAAAAUCCCCCCCAGACCCGAGACGUGGUGCUGCAACCAUCUCAUUACCAGCGACAUAGGGCGCGGAGUAGUUGAUUAUGUUGCUACUAACCCAAUUUUUAUGAAACAGCUGCCUGGUUGUACUAGGUGGGAAGGUACUCGUAGUAACAUAGAGAAAGUUCGAAAGGUAAUGGAAGAGAGGAUGGCGGGCCAGGAUGCUCGUGAUAUUCAAGCGAAAGUCAGCAAGGUAGUCGAGGAUACUCAAAGCUCAGUUUAUUGCCGCUUGGAAGGUGUGCCGGGAAGAGAGACCAAGAUUGUCUUCAUUCCACACCUUCCAGGUCCAAGGCGCCGUGGACACGCCGAAGCGGCCCGGGAUGUGAGCAGCACUAGCAUUCGCGAGGAGAUUGCAGAAUGCAUGUUGAGACCAUCAACCCACCCUUCAACCAAUGCGAAUAAAUUAAGGCCGUAUGGUGUUUCGAGUCCUAUAGACAUAGAGCUAGCCCGGUAUGUCAAAAAAGAGGUUUUCAAAGUGAUUUAA